ACUCCCUCUACACUUUUUCCCUUCCCCUGCCUUUCACCCUCCACAAAGUUAUGGAUUCUCUCGCAGCCCUCUUUUGUACGGCUGUCGUCGUCGCCGGCGGCCUUUACUGGUUCGUCUGCAUUCUCGGCUCGGCCGAGCAGAAGGGUAAGCGAGCCGUCGAUCUCUCCGGUGGCUCCAUCUCUCGCGAGAAAGUCGAAGACAAGUACAAGCAGUACUGGUCUUUCUUUCGUCGCCCGAAAGAAAUCGAGACCGCCGAGAAGGUACCCGUCUUCGUCGACACCUUUUACAACCUAGUCACCGACAUCUAUGAGUGGGGUUGGGGCCAGUCGUUCCACUUUUCUCCUUCCAUCCCCGGCAAAUCCCAUAAGGAUGCUACCCGUCUCCACGAAGAGAUGGCCGUCGAUCUACUGCAAGUCAACCCAGGGGAUCGAAUCCUGGACGUCGGAUGCGGUGUCGGUGGACCCAUGCGUGCCAUUGCCGCUCACUCGCGCGCUAAGGUCGUCGGCAUCACCAUCAACGAGUACCAAGUGAAGCGCGCGAGGAUGCACAACAAGAAGGCCGGUCUGGACUCUCUGUGCGAGGUCAUGUGCGGGAAUUUCCUCCAGAUGCCGUUCCCGGAAAACAGCUUCGACGGCGCUUACUCGAUCGAGGCCACUUGCCACGCUCCGAAGCUGGAGGAAGUGUAUUCGGAGAUCUACAGGGUGCUGAAGCCGGGGGCAUUGUACGUGUCAUACGAGUGGGUAACGACGGAUCUGUACAAGGGGGAGGACCCGGAGCAUGUGGAGAUAAUACAGGGAAUUGAGAGAGGAGAUGCGUUGCCAGGGUUGAGGAGUUACGAUCAGAUAGCGGAGAUAGCGAAGAAAGUGGGGUUCGAGGUGUUGAAGGAGAAGGAUCUGGCGAAACCGCCGGCAAAACCGUGGUGGCAGAGGUUGAAGAUGGGGAGAAUCGCUUACUGGAGGAAUCACAUAUUGGUGACGAUACUGACGUGGUUGGGAAUCGCUCCAAAGGGUGUCGUUGACGUUCACGAGAUGCUCUUCAAGACUGCAGACUACCUGACUAGGGGCGGUGAGACAGGAAUUUUUACUCCCAUGCACAUGAUCCUCUGCAGAAAGCCCGAAUCUUCGUCAUCGUCUUAGGACCAAAUAUUAAACGGGGAGGAGGUAUUACUUCUACAUCUACUAGUCUUUUGUUUCUCUCUCUGUUUCUGUUUUUUGUUCGCUUUAUUUUUAAAUUUUCAUGGUUGUUUUUUUUUUCUCUCUUUUUAAAUUUCUACUCGUUGAUGUGGUGGUAUGGUGGUAAUGAAGAGAGGUGAAGAUUCAAUUGAAGAAAGGGUGGCAUUAGUUUUUCUCUUUGUUUUUUGUUUUUGUUUUUAUUUUUAUUAAUUUUGGUCCCAUGUAUUAGAGAGAAAGAAGAGAGGACUUUUGGACUUUGGAGUAGUAGAAGUGACAGACAGACCGGCUAUAGAACACUGAAGAAGAAGAAAAUAUAAUCAAGGAAAACUGCUCUAAAUUUCCAUGUUUGCUUAAAUUUAAGUUUAGGGUUUUUGGCC